AUGUGCAUGAUUAUUGUAGGAUUUAUAGCCAUCUUCAUCCUCUUCUUCAUAUACAUCCACUACUGGAGAUGCAAUAGAGAUGAAAUUGUUCCGAAUUGGCCAGUAAUAGGUAUGGUACCGACGUUUGUGCGUCAUGUGUCCGAUUUUAAUGAUUUUGCAACCUUAGUUCUUAAGCGUCAUGGAGGAACCUUUCGAUUUCAAGGGCCCUGGUUCACAAACACAAGCUUUAUAAUUACCACUGAUCCAACCAACGUCGACCACAUCUCCAGUAAGAAUUUCGGUAACUACGGGAAAGGAUCAAACUUCCAAGAAAUAUUUGAUUUUUUUGGAGAUGGUAUUAUAAAUUCUGAUUCCCAUGAUUGGAAACAGAAGAGGACAAUGUACCAUUUAAUUCUCAAAGGGAAGAGCUUCAAGAAAAUGUUGAGUCAAAUCAUUCAGAAAAAAGUUGAGAAUUGCUUACUACCAUUUCUUAAAGAUGUAUGUGAAGAAGGUGUUCAUGUGGACUUGCAAGAUGCCUUGAAUAGGUUCACUUUUGACACUAACUGCACCAUUGUGUUUGGAUUUGAUCCUAACACUCUUCCGAACAAGUUUGGUGAGCUUAGAGAAAUUGCUUAUCAAAAAUCACUUCCUGUGAUAGAGGAAGUAAUAUUCUACAGACACUUCAUUCCAAGUUUUCUAUCGAGGCUGCAGAAAUGGAUCCAUGUUGGUCAAGAAAAGAAGUUAAAGAUAGCCGGAGAAAAUCUUGACAGAUUCUUGUAUGAAAGUAUAACAUUUUCCAAACAAGAGCAAAGCAAGUGCAGUGAAAAAAUUGAUGAAUGUUAUUUUGAUUUGGUAAAAGCACUUCAGAAAGAAGGAUAUGGAGAGGGGAAAAUGGGUGAGAAGUAUCUUAGAGACAUUAUACUUAAUCUCCUGAUAGCAGGAAAUGGCACAAUAAGUUCAGGUCUCAGUUGGUUUUUCUGGCUUGUUUCAACUCAUCCUAUUGUAGAAGCCAAAAUUAUUCAAGAGAUUAAAGAUAAUUGUAUCACUCAAAAUGAGAAUUGGAGUAUAUCAAGGGUGGAAGACCUUGAUAAGCUAGUUUAUCUCCAUGGAGCUAUAUGUGAAGCCUUGAGGCUUUAUCCUCCUAUACCUUUUGAGCAUAUGUGCGCGAUCAAAUCUGAUAUACUACCUAGCGGAGACCGCGUUAGUCAAAAUACAAAGGUAAUGUACUCUCUGUAUGAAAUGGGAAGGAUGGAACAAAUAUGGGGAGAAGACUGCAUGAAAUUUAAGCCUGAGAGAUGGGUAUCAGAGACAAGACACAUUAUACAUGUACCAUCUUACAAGUUCAUAGCUUUCAAUACAGGUCCUCGAAGUUGUUUAGGUAAAGAUAUUAGCUUCUUUCAAAUGAAGAUGGUUGCAGCUAGUAUAUUAUCGAAGUUUCACAUACAAGUGGUUGAAGGUCACCCCGUAACUCCAAAGCUUUCGAUUGUUCUUCGCAUGAAACAUGGCUUGAAGGUCAAACCCACUAAAAGAUGCAUUUGA